AUGGCAGUUGGUCUAAGUUUUGUUAUGGAUGCUGUUGAAGGAAGAGUGGGUGCAGCUGCUGCUGUUACAAUCAUGGCAACCACUGCUGGUAAUAUACGUGAUCUUGAUGCUGAAAUUAAUGCAAUUAAUGAACGUAUUAAACAAGGUAUACCAAUGACUGAUGAUGAACUUGACAUUUACCAGCGAAAGGUUGUUCGUCGAGCAAAACUACACGAUCAACUUACAGCCAUGACAGCUGGUGAUUAA